ACAAGCCCUUAUUCUUCUUGGCUGCCGCCAAGCACUCGCGUCUCUAUGGCUGACGACGGAGCAGCCGCCGGCGUAGACCCCUCUCCUUCCUCUCCCCCUAUCCAUCCGGCGGCACCGGACAACCCGCCCAUCGAUGCCGCAUCCUUCACCCACACCCCGUACUACUGUGAAGAAAAUGUGUACUUGCUAUGUAAGGAACUGAUUAGAGCUGGACUUGCUGAUCCUGCGGGCAAUGACCUUUAUGCUGUUUUCAUAUCAAAUGAGGAAAAGAAGAUUCCCCUCUGGUAUCAGAAAGCAAGUCGUACUAAUGAUGGAUUUGUCUUGUGGGAUUACCAUGUAAUCUGUAUCCAGUCUAGGCGAAACAAAGGAGAUGUUCUUGAUCUUGUUUGGGAUUUGGACUCCAGUCUUCCUUUCCCUUCUCCAUUCCUCCAGUACGUUGCUGAUGCCAUUCAACCACUAGCAUUUGGCGACUCCAUCUAUGCAAGACUUUUCCGUGUAGUUCAUGGUCCGGUAUUUCUUCGAUCAUUUGCAUCAGACAGAAGUCACAUGAAGGACCCCGUGGGGAAUUGGAUUGAGUUACCCCCAAAAUAUGAACCAAUUGUUGCGGAAGAUGGAAGCACAAAUAACCUGAAUGAGUACAUUGCCAUGACUAAUAAUGAUGUCGGAGACCUGGAAAGCAUGGUUAAUGAUGUCUACCACAAGAAACAUGGAGUGGUGAUAAACGAAACGUUGCUCCCCAUGUUCUUCUCCCGGUUGCCUGAAUGGCAUCCUUAAGAGGAGCCCUUUGAGAUAUCUUGAUUGGCUUGUCCCAACGGUUGAGUACUUGGUAGUGAAUUGAGAUCUUAUGAACCAGACGUACUGCCUAUCUGGAGUUUGUUAAUCAAACAGUAUCGCGCUUGUCUAAUGAUGUUGUGAUAGGCCAUAUAUUAUUUCGAAGUUAUUAUUACUGGUGCUGUUGAGUUACUCAAACCUGAAAUGAUGAAACUGUUUUGUCAGCAUUGUUUGAUUACUGAAUAUCAAGGACCCUAUCUACCGAA